AUGGAGUACAAAGGAGUUAAACACAGUGUUCAAUGUUUCAUCAUUCCUGGAAAUCGUCAACCAUUGCUAGGUCUCAGGACGAGUGAAGAGUUGUAUCUAGUAAAACGCGUGUAUCAUGUUGAUAAACAAACAGAGAUUAAAACAGGCAAAACUGUAGUGCAAGAUUAUGACAAUGUAUUUGUAGGAUUAGGAUGUCUUCCAGGCAAACAUCACAUUACAUUGAAAGACAAUGCACAACCAGUUCAACAUGCAUGUCGCAAAGUUCCAUUUCCACUUCAAAAGAAACUAAAAGAGGAACUAGAUAAGAUGGAAAACAUGAAUGUAAUCAAACAGGUUGAUGAACCGACAGAUUGGGUGUCUUCUCUUGUUGUAGUCAAGAAAAAGAAUGGUCAACUCAGAGUCUGUCUAGAUCCGCGUGAUCUUAAUCGAGCAAUCAAACGAGAACACUAUAAAUUGCCUUCUAGAGCUGAAAUAACCUCUCAGUUUGCUGGAGCCAAGUAUUUCAGUAAAUUAGAUGCAUCAAGUGGUUUUUGGCAAAUCCAACUAGAUGAAGAUAGUUCCAAGCUUUGUACAUUUAUCACUCCGUACGGAAGAUAUAGAUUCUUGAGACUACCUUUUGGUAUCUGCAGUGCUCCUGAAGUAUUUCACAAGAUAAUACAUAACUUGUUCGUAAAUAUACCUGGUGUCAAUACCAUGAUGGAUGACAUAGUGGUAUGGGGAAGCACUCAAGAAGAGCAUGACGAUCGUCUGAGAAAAGUUCUAGACAUCGCACAAAAAUCAAACCUGAAACUCAAUCGAGACAAGUGUGAGUUCAAUGUGAACCAGAUGACUUUCAUUGGUGACUUGAUCAGCCAAGAUGGAGUCAGACCAGAUCCUAAAAAGGUGGCUGCCAUCAGAAACAUGGCAAGACCAACCUGUAAACAGGACAUACAAAGGUUCUUGGGGAUGAUAAACUACCAAGCAAAAUUCAUUCCAAACCUAUCAACAAGGUCAGCACCUCUACGUAUUUUGCUUGACAAGAAAGUAGAGUGGAUGUGGGAAAAUGAACAAGAAAAAGCAUGGUGCGAGUUGAAAGAAGCUCUUAUAAGUCAACCAGUGCUUUAUUUCUAUGACUGCACAAAACCCACAAAGAUAUCAGCUGAUGCUUCAAAAAAUGGACUAGGAGCAGUUCUCCUACAGCAACAUGAACAAAAUUGGCAUCCAAUAGCUUACGCAUCAAGAGCUAUGACUGAUGCAGAAACACGUUACGCUCAGAUAGAAAAAGAACUCUUAGCUAUCACUUACGGAUGUGAAAAAUUUCAUCAAUAUAUCUAUGGUCAAAAGAUAGAAGUUGAAACAGAUCACAAGCCACUUAUCCCAUUGUUUGUUAAGUCAUUGGCAGAUUGUCCUUUACGCAUUCAAAGAUUACUAAUCAGAGUACAGAGAUAUGAUCUCAAAGUGUCAUAUACACCUGGAAAGUACAUGUUCACUGCCGAUACACUGUCACGAGCAGUAGAUCCAAAAGCAGAAUUGAAUGUUGAAACUGAAGAAGAUAUCAGAGUCUAUGUAGAUAUGAUAGUACAAGCAAUGCCAGUAACAUCAAACAAAAGACAAGAAAUUGUUGAAGAGACAAAAAGAGAUGUAGAGCUUCAAGAGUUGCUAGCAACCAUCAGAAAUGGUUGGCCAGAAAGUAAGCAACAAUGUCCAGCUAGAAUAAAACAGUACUGGAACAUUCGAAGUGAACUCUCUGAAGCAGAUGGAAUCAUAUUCAAAGGUUCUAAAAUAGUAAUUCCAACUUCCAUGAGACGGUACAUACUAAACCAAGUACACGAAGGUCACUUAGGCAUUGAGAAAUGUAAGAAACGUGCUAGGGAAGUAAUCUAUUGGCCAAGAAUCAAUGCAGACAUCACUGAAAUGGUCCAAAAUUGUACUUCAUGCCUAAUGUACAAACCAAAACAACAGGCUGAAAGCCUAAAUCCACAUGCCGUGCCUAAUCGUCCUUGGGAAAAAAUUGGAGUAGAUCUAUUCACUUUGAACAAAAAAGAAUAUAUGGUCGUCGUCGACUACUACUCACAAUUCAUUGAAGUAUGUACUUUGACUUCAACUACAAGCAAGGCCGUGAUUAAUCACAUGAAAGCAAUAUUUGCUCGUCAUGGUACACCAUGUGAACUGAUGUCGGAUAAUGGUCCUCAAUUUGCAAGCCAAGAAUUCAAAAGCUUUGCAAAAGAAUGGGAUUUUCACCAUACCACAUCGAGUCCACAUUAUCCACAAUCAAAUGGCCUCGCAGAAAAUGCUGUGAAGAUUGUCAAAAAUCUCAUACUGAAGUCACAACACAGUGGACAAGAUAUCCACAGAGCUUUACAAGUCUAUCGAAGUUCACCAAUAGCAUGCGGAAAAUCUCCAGCAGAACUUCUGUACAAUCGUCAGAUUAGGUCAAACCUUCCCAUGCUUGACACUUUGCUCAAUAACCAACAGAUUGAUACUAAAUCUGUGAGGGGAAGAAAGGAUGAGCAGAAGGUGAAACAAAAAGAGCGAUUCGAUAAACAUGCUCAAGACUUGCCAAAGCUAAAACCUGGAGAUCAUGUGAUACUCCAAGACAUGAAAACUAAUACCUGGUCACAACAUGGUAUCAUAAAGUCUGUCAAUAAUCAUAACAGAUCAUACCAAAUUGAAACAGCUGCAGGCGAGAUACGUCGCAGAAACAGACGUCACCUCAGGCCAGAUCCCAGACACCAAGCCGAGUCUAUUCCAUUACCAACACAGGAUGACUUCGAGCUAGAUGACAGCGCAGAAGCGGAACCAGCAUCUGAUGUUCGCGCAUCUUCGUCACCAUCCCGAACAACCAGAAGCGGACGAGUCGUUAAACCGCCAGAUCGUUUAAACUUGUAA